CAGGAGUUGUGGCGAGGACUGCUGCCCGGUGGGCUCGGCAGUAUUCAUCUCUUCACCAUGCAGUACAAGGCGUUUUGGAGUACUCUGGAAUACACCUGCCGACUACUGGGCGUCACCACUGCAGCAGUGCUGAUUGGUGUGGGCGUAGAAACUCUGCAACGAGGACAGUUCAAAAGCCUGGCGUUCUAUCUGCUUUUUUCAGGGGUUGCAGUUGCUGUCUGUGAAGGUUCCUUCUUUGUCAUUUUGUUCCUGGAGAUGUGCUUCACAUAUGACCCUGACUCCCUGGCACAGAUCUGCUGGAAGCGAGCUAAACGCCCAGGGAGCUUCCAGAAAUUCCUGGGGUACGCGCUGCUCUCAGUGGCUUGCUUCCUGCAUCCUGUCCUCGUCUGGCAUGUCACCAUCCCUGGGUCUAUGCUGGUGCUCACUGCCCUGGCCUAUUUCCUGUUGAGCAAGAGGAGGAAGAGCCCAGGGCACAAAGAGAUGCAUCCUCAGGCAGGCCAAUAUGUUGACCCUUCAGCCACUGUGGCAGCCCCAACCAUCGCUGGUGACACUGAGCAGACCUACACCUUCCACGCGUCCCAGAGGGAGCAGCAUCACUCGUUGCUGGGCCAUAUGAAGAGCAUCCUGAAGGGCAGCAAGGACAGAAGCCUGGCCCCAGUAGCUCCUGUCCAAGAAGCAGCCCCAACAGCCCCACGCAAGCAAGUGCACUUCCAGGAAAAAGUGGUGCAGAUCAUCCCUUCUGUCAGCGAGAGCUUGGAGGAUGUGGAGAGUGAGGCUGAAGAGACCACAUCGGACACAACACCCAUCCUCACCCCACCUGAUGCUCCUGUAAUCCUCACUCCCCUCAGCUCCACAGGUCUCUUUUGAGCCCUAAGCAGAACUGAGGAUGGUACAAGCCUGCUAACCCCAGCACUGGCAUCUCUCCCUGUCACUCUGGCAGCGAAAGGGCCCUGAGAGCCUUCCUCACCCUCCGUGCCUCCAGAGUGACAACUGGGUCACUGCCUCUUCGAGGGUCUGCCCAGACUACAUAGUCUCACACUUUUUGACAGGGCAAAUGUGUUCCCCAGCCUCUGCAGCACCAUGCC